CUUCCACAAUGUUUCAAUUGCAAGGUGCUCAGAUGCUACAGACACUGGAGAAAUCCUUGAGGAAGAGUCUUCCUGAGUCCUUAAAGGUUUAUGGAACUGUCUUCCAUAUGAUCCAGGGAAACCCCUUCAAUCUAAAGGCCCUGGUGGAUAAGUGGCCUGAUUUUAAUACAGUGGUUAUUCACCCUCAAGAGGAGGACAUGACAGAUGACCUUGAUCACUACACCAAUACCUAUCAAAUAUACUCCAAGGACGUCAAGAAUUGCCAGGAAUUCCUUAGUUCCCCAGAUGUCAUCAACUGGAAACAGACUUUGCAGAUCCAAGGUACACAAUCCACUCUGAAUGAAGUGAUACAAAAUCUUGCAGCCACUAAUUCCUCCAAAAUCAAGCGUUCACAGAACUUCCUCUAUAUGGCAUCAGAGACCAUAAAGAACCUGGCUCCCUCCUUGAUGGAUAUAAAUAAAUUAUCCCCUGGUGAUGGUAAACCCAAGCCCAUCAACAAGAUGUUCAAACUCUCAGCCUUGAAUGUUAACCAUGCCGCCUUGGUGGAUAAAUUUUGGCUUUUUGGUGGCAAUGAGAGAAGCCAGAAGUUCAUCAAGCGUUGUAUUCAGACCUUCCCUACAUUUUGUCUGCUGGGACCAGAAGGGUCCCCUGUGUCCUGGGACUUGAUGGAUCAAACAGGAGAAUUAAGGAUUGCAGGAACCUUACCUGAGUACCGAGGUGUCGGUCUGAUCUCUUAUAUCAUCUAUCAUCAAACUCAGACUGUGCACAAACUUGGUUUCCCUGUCUAUUCUCAUGUAGAUAAGAGCAACAAAAUAAUGCAGAAAAUGAGUUAUAAUCUGCAUUUUAUGUUAAUGCCCUCUGAGUGGAACCAGUGGCACUGUGUACCACUAUGAAAUAGCACUGAAUGGUCACCACAAUUACUGUUGAUUAAUG